AAAAUAUGAUUUAUGUUCGUUUUCAUAGAAGUCUCAAAAAAAACUUCACCUUCGGUUCAGUAUCGCACACAAACUAACACAGCGAAUCCUCCCUCCCAAAUCAAAUCGCCCCUCUCGGAACACACCGCCGCCCUCCUCCUCAGCUUUUCAAAAAGAUACCUUGGUAAUCUUAAAAACCAAAUUGAUUUCUCAGAUAUUGGCCUUCUCUCUAGGAAUGGGUCUUCUCAGCAUCAUUCGGAAAAUCAAAAAGAAGGAAAAGGAAAUGCGAAUUCUUAUGGUUGGGUUGGACAAUUCUGGAAAAACAACUAUCGUUUUGAAGAUUAAUGGGGAGGACACUAGUGUCAUCAGUCCUACUCUUGGUUUCAACAUUAAAACCAUCGCCUAUCAGAAGUACACUUUAAAUAUAUGGGAUGUUGGAGGCCAAAAAACAAUUCGAUCUUACUGGAGAAACUACUUUGAGCAAACUGAUGGUUUAGUUUGGGUGGUUGACAGUUCAGAUCUUAGAAGGUUGGAUGAUUGCAAAAUGGAGCUAGAUAACCUUCUAAAGGAAGAGAGACUAUCUGGAGCAUCCUUACUAAUUCUAGCAAAUAAACAAGAUAUUAAAGGUGCCCUUGCACCCGAAGAAAUAGCUAAGGUGUUGAACUUAGAAACUAUGGAUAAGUCUCGGCAUUGGAUGAUAGUUGGCUGUAGUGCGUACACCGGUGAGGGUUUGCUUGAGGGAUUUGAUUGGCUGGUCCAGGACAUAGCAUCUAGGAUAUACGUGCUCGACUAAUUAUGGUCGUGUCAAUAUCCGUGAAAGGGUUUGAGGUUUAAACUUAGAAUUUAAGAACAUUCUUAAUCCCAAUAUGCUAUCAUCAGAAGACUUCGUUAUGCAUCUCUAAGAUGUUUCACAUGGAAUUUUUCCUUUUCUAUUGAAACAUCUAAUCUAGUCAGUGUACUGAGCUUGUUUAUUUUAAGGUUUUUGUGUGAAUAUGAAGUUGGGGAGUACAAUUUCCAACAAAAAAAAAAGUUGAGGUGUACAAUAAUAUUUAACGAAUGAAACCUUUAGUAAAAAUGGCUUCUCUGUGCCUCUUA